ACCAAGUGGGGACCAUGGGACACCCGCCAGAGCCAAGCAGAGGCGGCAGAGGCCAGGGGCUGCGAGCCGUCGGGACGGCAGGACGUCCUGGUUCCGUGUCUAGGCAGCACGGCCCAGUCUCAGCAAAGGCCCCAAGCCACGGGAGGGGUGCUGGGCCUUUCCCUCACGGCCCCGGCCCCAGCACACCCCCGCUCGGAGGCCCUCCACAGCCCACCUGCCCCCCGGCAGGUUAAUGACUCCCCUGCUCCUCCCCGGGCUGCCGAUGCGCAGGGACGCGCCCGGCCGCAGGCCAUUUCCACCGUGGGAAAGGCUGGGGCGGCACCACACCGUCCAGUCGGACAGGUUACGAGGCAGCGUUUCGGAGCUUGAGCUCUUGUGUCAGCCCAGGCCGGGGCCGCCUCCCCAGAACCCACAGGGACCCAGAGUGGAGCCUGGGCGCCUCCAGAUUCUGGGCCCCCAGACGGGAUAUGGGGAGGGGAGCACGCGUUCCUGAGGGAAGACAGGAUUGGGGGCCCUGUGCUCAGGCCAAGGAGAAGAUCAGGGGCCCCACCCCCCGACACUGGCUGCUGCCCCAGCAAGCCCGGGCCGGAGGGGGGCGGGUAGGCGGGCAGUCACCAGCCCGUCGCUCAUCCAAGGCUUGGCUAGAGGAGCUCUCUGCCCUCCAGGCUGACCAUGGCCACCUCAGGGCAGAGAGUCAGAGACCACAGUCCAGCAAGACCGACCCCUGAAGCUCCCAGCACUGGCACAGGCAGGCGAGGAGCCUGGGAGUUGGUCAGCCUCUGUGUGGGGUCAGGAAGGCCUCCCCAUGGUGAAGUCACCCACAGGGCACUCAAAAGGAGGAGUGACUUAUGGGCUACGUCAGUCCCCCAGGGCCCCCGUAACAACAAUCAGGCCCGGGCUUGAAGCGACAGAAACGUCCUCUCUCUCAGUCCAGGAGGCCAGAAGACAGAAGCCCAGGUGGGGGCUGGGGGGGCACUCCCGAGUCUCCAGGGGAGGGAACCUCCCGCCUCUUGCGGCCCCCAGUGGCUCUAGGCGUCCCUGGGCUGGUGACCACUUGGCCCUGUCCUCACAGGGCUUCUCGCGGUCUCCUCUCUCUGCUCCCUCACGGGAGGACGCUGGUCGCUGGAUUUAGGGCCCCCCCAGAUAAUCCAGGAGGAUCUCAUCUCAAGAUCCUUAAUCAAUCUCCAAGUAAGGUCGCACCUGCAGCUUCUGCGGCUUCGGACAUGGGUUCAUUUGGGGGCCACCGUCCAGCCCAACAAGAAGCAAAUUAAGGCACCCCAGUAAGAGACCCCCUCAAGACUCUGGAGGGCAGCAAGGCCGUGGGACCGGACGGCGAUGCCACAGGAGAGGCUGUGGCACAGGGAGUUGAACUAGAGCAGAUCAGGCUUAGGAGAUGUGAAAUCUGAGGUAGGGUCAGGUCCUAGGGUCUUGGCAUGGGUUGGGGGUCUUCAGAAGACUCAGGGAUAAUCCAGUAGAGGACACAAGGCCCAGGUGGGGACUGUGCAUGGGUCCCCUGCUCCAGCACGAGCCCCAGCCCCUCUUCCCAGCUCCCCAAGGAGCCUGGCCUCCUGCCCCUCCUGAUCUCCGGCCAUGGCCGCUGGGCCGCUGUUGCCCAGAGACGGUUGCCAGGCCACCACUGUUGUUUCCCUGGCAGAGGGCUCACACCACCUUGCCGGGCAGGUACGAGGGACAGGCAGGCCGCCAGCGCGAGUCCUCGCUGGACGUGAGGGCUGUGGCCGCCAUCCUGUGCCUCCGCCCCAACCUGGACACCAGGGACCCUGUUCACCUGGGUCUUCCUCUCACCAGCCUGGGGUACCAGUUCCUGCCGGUCUUUUUACCCAACCAGAGGUGCCCCCACCCUGGCGCUCCUGCACCCACAGCCCGCAGCCACCCCCACUUCCUCCACCGUCGGGGACGACCCAGCCGGACCCACAUGAGUGGCAAGAGAAGCAAGCGGUCCAGGACUGCCAGGCUCCGGGGGAGCCACACCCGGGUGCCAGGCUGGGCCCAUGAGAGACCAAUGGGGAGCAACCAAGAGGAGCAGCUUCUGCGCGUGCUAAGCCGGCUGGAACAAGGUGCAGACCUCUCCAACGACACUGACAGCGUCAGGCCUCAGGCAGCUCUCCUGGAAAAGCACCUGCUGGACGGGGAGAAGCAGCCACACAGCAGCGGGCAGGGGCCCUACUUCUAUAUCGGAGGGAACAAUGGGGCCUCCAUAAUCAGCUCCUAUUGCAAGGGCAAGGGCUGGCAGCGUAUCCAGGACAGCCGGCGUGAGGACUACAAGCUGAAGUGGUGUGAGGUCAAGUGCAGAGACAACUACUAUAGCUUCCGAGAAGGUGAGCAGCUACUGUACCAGAUUCCCAACAACAAGCUCCUCACCACCAAGAUCGGGCUGCUCAGCGCCCUGAGGGAGUACGCCAGGGCUGUGAAGACGGCCCACAAGACCCCGCUGUGUGCCCAGGCCAAGGUCCUGAAAAUGGAAGAGUUUUUCCCAGAGACAUACCGUCUGGACAUCAGGGACGAGAGAGAGGCUUUCUUCACUGUCUUUGACGGAAAUCACAUCUGGAUCUGCAAGCCCAGUGCCUGCAACCAGGGCAAAGGCAUCUUCCUGCUCAGGAACCAGGAGGAAGUCGCUGCCCUGCAAGUCAAGACCCAGAGCAUCGAGGACGACCCCAUCUACCGCAAGAUGCCGUUCAGGGCGCCUCAGGCGCGAGUCGUGCAGAGGUACAUCCAGAACCCACUGCUGCUUGAUGGGAAGAAGUUCGAUGUGCGUGCCUACCUGCUCAUCGCCUGCGCCAUGCCCUACAUGGUCUUCUUUGGCCACGGCUACGCCCGCCUCACCCUCAGCCUGUAUGACCCCCAUUCCAGCGACCUCAGUGGCCACCUGACCAACCAGUUCAUGCAGAAGAAGAGCCCCCUGUACGUGCUGCUCAAGGAGGACACGGUGUGGAGCAUGGACCGGCUCAACCGCCACAUCAACGACAAGUUCAGGAAGACCAAGGGGCUCCCCAGAGACUGGGUCUUCACCACCUUCACGAAGCGGAUGCAGCAGAUCAUGGCCCACUGCUUCCAGGCUGUCAAGUCCAAGCUCCACUGCAAGCUGGGCUACUUUGACCUCAUUGGCUGUGACUUCUUGAUUGAUGAGAACUUCAAGGUGUGGCUACUGGAAAUGAACUCCAACCCCGCCCUGCACACCAACUGUGAAGUCCUGAAGGAGGUGAUACCAGGCGUGGUCAUGGAGACGCUGGACCUGGCAAUCGAGACCUUUCAGAAGAGCUUGCGCCACCAGAAGAUGCUGCCUCUGCUCUCCCAGCGCCGCUUCGCGCUCCUGCACAACGGCGAGGCGGACCUGUGGCCGCGCCUGGGGGGCCCCCGCGGCGCCCUCCGCCCGCCGCCCCCACGGCCAGCCGGCGAGGCCGACUGCUCGAAGCCACCUCCGCCCCGCGCCGUCGACAGGCCGGGCGCGCGCAGGCCCGCGCUGCCCCGGAGCCCCGGAGGCGCGCACAGGCGGCCGCCCUCGGCGCAGAGGCGGCCCCGACCGCCCGGCCCCGGCCCCGACGGCGCCCAGAGCGGGGAGCCCGGGGCCGAGCGGCCGCGCGCGGGCGCUGGGGACCCGGCGCGAGAGCCCUCCCCGGGGCUGGCGGCGGGGCGCAAGAACGCGGGGCUCCGCGGCUCCUAGCGGGCGGGCCGCCGGCGCCCCCGCGGGACCCAUAAAGGCUACUUUGUUACAAAGCGCCUCGGCUGAGGAUCGCGGCCCCAGCCCCCGGUGCCCCCCUGUGGCUCCUUCGCCACGCCCUUGCCUCUGCCCCACAGGCCCCUAGUCCACUGCUGGGAUCUGUCCUUGGGGGCUGGGGUGGGGGGAUUAGGGCAGCGGGCUGGGGAGUUUGCCCUACUGGGAGGGGAGGAGCUCCCCACAGCCUUCCCCUCCGCCCUCCUGGCGGCCCCCCGGCAGGGCCUGGGCUCCUAUCACCCGACUCCCUCUGGGACUGACAGGAAGAGCUCCCGCAGCCCCACAACCCACGCAGCCCCUACUGCCGGACUCUCGGGUCCCCAUGGAAAGGAGGGCUCCCUCACACCCAGCAGAGGGGGCUGCCCUCACCCUGCCCCGGCCCAGCCCCUUUCUGGGCCUUCAGAGCCCACGCCGGGGCUCUGCACCCCCCUUUGCCUCCCAUGGCCCCUAAGAUCCCACAGAGGCUGAGCACCUAGGCUGCGGGUGAGGGGCACAUGGCCACCGCAGGGCAGCCCCGAGGGACGUGCUGGGCCAGCACUGGCCCCACCCAGGCCAAGCCAUGCAUGGCUUCAGUGUUCCCAUUCCUCAUAGGCCCAGCCCUGUAGUUGAGGGAGAUUUAGGGCCUCGGAUGUGUCCAGGCCUCCUGCUACCUCUAGAUGUCCAGAGCCACCAAUAAUCCCCUCUCCCUUCCCCCCAGCCGCCACACCUUCCCAGGCCAGAUGCUGGGGUCCCGGCAGCCCAACCCCCAGCCACCAGCCCAUACCCCCACCAGCUUGUACACCUCCUCUGCUCCCUCGUGCGCUCCUGUCCCUCACCCCAGCAAAUGGUUACCACCGAGUCACAGAUGCCCUCCUCCUGACCCACCGGGUCAGGGGCUGCUGGAACCCGCUCUCUGUUCUGCACUGGAGAGCUGGUGGGACCUGGGGUCCACAGGGGUCUGCGGUUCAGCCACUGCUGGGGGGCACCACUAGGGGGCACUGUGCGCCAGCAUGUCUCAGGCCCCGGAGCAGAAGAGCGUCGCCAAGGCAGGGACUGGCAUCUCCCAUCCCUCCCAGACCACUUGCAGGACCCCUGCCACCCCAAUGUACUUUGUUGCACUCUAGGAUAUGGGGUCCCCAGACCAAAGUCAAGAAGUACACAUCACCAUGGGCCUGGGGUCCAGGAGCCCUAAUCUCCCUCCCAGCAUGUCUGGUGGUCCUUCCUUGGGACCGGCCGAGCUCAGCCAUGGGCCGCUGUGCAGCUGCAUCUGUCGGCUCUGUGCUCUGUGCUCUGAAAGCCAGGGGGGGGAGAGGACCGGCGUGCGUGUGCAGGAGGGGGUGCCCCUCCUGGGCACGCCAAGGGCACCCAGGCCCUUGUGAGACGCACACCUGCACCUUUGGGGUCCAGGCUACGUUCCCUGCUGGCAUCCAGGCCACUCCACAUUUCCUGACACAGCCCCUGGGACCUCUGUGCCCCAUGUCCCAGCUCACAUGCUUCACUCACCCCUUCCUGACACGCCGUCAGCUCUGCAAGCCCCAUGGGCCACUGCCCCACACACAGUCAUGGCUCCUGACGUGGCCCAGUGGUGCCAUCCCCAGAGCAUCAUCGACGUGGCGCUCACGGAGCAGCCUGAGGCCCCAGUGACAGCCUGCCCCCCCUCCUCGGGCUCCCCCAAAGGCAUGUCUGCUGCUCUGGAGUCCCUGGCACCCCCUUGAGAGCCCAAAUGUCAAUAAAUGAAGUUUCCCAAGAA